AUGGAGACCCCUGAACUUCCACAAGAGCUUUUGAUUAAAUUGGCCGGCCAAGUUGUACAAGAUCCCGGAGUACCAGUACCGAACCCAACUGUUUCGGCCUGGCAAGAGCCAGCACAUCCUAUUGCGACUACUCAGUCAAAGAGUCUUCCGCAACUGGUGGACUUCGCCAUUAUUGGAUCUGGAAUCACAGGUUGCAGCGCUGCCAAGACAAUCCUCGAGUGUGACCUGGGCCGGGUCAAAAAAGUUACCGUGUUUGAAGCUCGCUCUCUGACGACCGGAGCGACAAGUCGCAAUGGAGGGUUCUUGUUAAGCCAUGCCCCUCAAUUCUACGGGCGCUUUGCGGAUGCCUUUGGAGCCGAAGCUGCUAAACAGAUUGCCAUCUUCUGUGAUCGCACCCUAGAAGAGAUCAUACAAAUUGCUAAGGCUGAGAAUCUUGACAAGGUAAGCGAGAUCAGAGAGGUCACAAUGGUCGCUACCUAUGAAGAUGAGGAAGGUUUUGCUGAGGCCAGCCGGUCUGUUCGCAUGUAUGAAGAAGCUGUUCCGGCACCUAGGGAGAAAUAUGUAAUCAUCGAUGGAGAAACAGCAAAGAAUGAAUAUCAUUUCAAAAAGUCCAAGGGUGCUCUCGUAGUCAAGUCCCACGUCUGCUGGCCAUACAGGCUGAUCACCAAUCUUCUCCAGCUCCUUCUUGAACGUUACCCAGAACGUUUCACAGUCGAAACUCAAACGGCAGUGACUUCAAUAACCGUAUUUCAGGAUUCUAAUAUCGAGUACCCUUACGUUUUGGCAACACCUCGUGGGACCGUCAGAGCUGCCAAAGUCUUCCACUGCGUUAAUGGCUUCACUGGGCACCUUCUACCCAAGCUUAGAGGCCCACUCUUUCCUACACGACUAUCCAUGUCAACACAGAAGCCAGGUCCCCAAUGGGAAAAUCGGCCCUUCUCAUGGCUGUUUCACUCGAAACAGUCAUGGGACCCCAAUACUACCUUGGUCGAGCAAGGCCUAUAUUGGAUGCAGCAAAAUGCCGAGACCGGUGAUCUCUUCCUGGGGGGAGACCUACAGAGAUUGGACGACUUUAUAGCUUCUGAUGACUCAGUGAUCAGUGCCGACUCUGCGGGCAAUCUUACUACCUUACUACCCAAGAGGAUCUUCAAUGAAGGGUGGACGAACCCUAUAACUAAUGAGUCGUUGUAUUCUUCCACAGCACUUCAUCGGGUUUGGUCCGGAAUUAUAGGCAUGACUGCUGAUCAAGUUCCAAUUGUGGGAAGUGUGCCAACGAGUGUGAGCGGAAGGAACAUUGACAAGGGUGAGUGGAUUGCUGCCGGCUUCAAUGGAUAUGGCAUGUGCCAAGCCUGGCUAUCAGGCCAGGCUAUUGCUCGCAUGGCUUUGGGAGAACCAAAACCAGAAUGGCUUCCUGAUGUCUAUCUAAGCACUGAGAAACGUCUGACAGACAAGGCCAUGGGACCGGACGCUGCUCUAGCCUCAUUUUUCUUCAGAUGA